AUCGUAGUCGCCUUCGUCGUCGUUUUCUUGAUUUGCAGCAGCAGGGUUGGAGGAAUGAGAGGGACGGCGUUGAUGGGGUCGAAGCCGCCGAGGUGCGAGCGGAGAUGCGGCGGUUCUUGCCAGCAGUGCGAGGCCAUUCAGGUUCCCACCACCGGCGCUAAGAAGAACGGAAUAAUCAAGCAUUCUUCUUCUUCUUCUUCUUCGCCGCUGUGGUGGUGGAGAAGUGCCCGCCGGACCACCAGCGGGCGGGGAGAUGACGACAAUUACAGUUCAAACUACAAGCCCAUGAGCUGGAAAUGCAAAUGCGGUAAUCUCAUCUUCGACCCAUGACCUCACACACACUUACUCUCUACUUUUCUUUAUUUAUUCCUCUUUUUUUUUUUUAAAUUAUUGUUUUUACUCCAUCACUAGGAUUAGUAUUGUUGUAAUGAAUUAGUAUUAUUACU